AUGACUUCGAUUACCUUUGCUAUGAUCCUUGCAAUAUUUGCAAUUGGCUCGGCGCAUCCGAUGGAGAAGCGACAGGCUGAUGGUUCGUGGAGUUUAUAUGCAUAUGGCCACAACAUUGACGGGCUGCCCAUUUUCUAUGCAGAUGGCCAAGCUCAGAUUGGUAAUAUGGCUCUGUCCAACGCAACCAACAAGUUCACGUUUUCUUUGACCUUUGGUGACGACCCAAACACUUGGAUUGCUCAUUCCGAUAACACGACCGCCCUAGCCAAUGCUACCAAUCUGCUGGGAUUGAGCGAUACUGGCUCAAUGGCUUGUCCAGUAGUUUUUACCCCGAGCCAGGCAAGGAAUGACACAACCAUGCCAACACCACAAACCAACGUGUGGACUUUGUAUGGAAAAUACGUUGUAUGUAGCCAGGACAGGGUCAACUUCUACGCCCAACCGACAGGACAAGAUGGAUGGUAUAUCUUGCUAUGGAGUGCAACGACAGAUGCAGCUCUUCAGAAUAUUCCGGUGACUCUAAGAACCAUUGGCCCUGCCUCUGGCUAG